GACGCCAUUACAGGGUGUUAGAUCUCUGCUGGAAGACGAGAGAAAUAUUUGGAGGAUUUUAAGAAGAAGCUGAAACUUUGGUGAGUCCUGCUGUUGAAAUAAUUCAUUAGAAAAUGGCAGAGAGAGUUUUAGAAAGUUUCCUGAGCUGCCAUGUGUGUUCAGAGACUUUCAGAGAUCCUGUGUCUCUGAGCUGCAACCACAGCUUCUGUUCAAGCUGCCUGAAGAAAUUCUGGGAACAAACUGGAAACAAGAACUGUCCCAUCUGUAAAAGAAGAUCUUCUAAGGAUUAUCCACAAGUGAACUUUUGGCUGAAGGAAGUGGCUGAUACUUUUGCUGGAAGACAGAAAUCUGGAUCCUCUGAGACAGAAAGAGGAGAAAAGCAGCUGAUGGUGGUCUGCAGUAAACACCAAGAAGACCCUAAACUGUUCUGUAAAGACGAGCAGAGAGCUGUGUGUUCUGUCUGUGAGUUUUCUCUCCACCAGAGUCACAAAGUGGUUCCUAUAGAACAAGCAGUCAGUGAGCUGAAGGAGAAGCUGAAAUCUGACUUAAAGUCUCUGCAGGACAAGAGGAACAAACACAAACAGGUGGAGAAAACAUACAAUGACAUGAUUCAACACUCUAAGAAGCAGUUGUUGUCCACAGAGAGACAGAUCAGAGCAGAGUUCAACAAGCUCCACCAGUUCCUGAGAGAGGAAGAGGAGUCCAGACUGGCAGCUCUGAGGGAGGAAGAGGAGCAGAAGGGGAAGACUAUCAGCAGAGAGAUGAAGAGGAUUCAGGAGCAGAUCUCCUCUCUAGUCUGGGAGAAGAUGAAGGACAAGGUCCACUUCAGUCCUGUCAUUCUGGACCCAAACACUGCUAAUGAUUGGCUGUAUCUGUCUGAUGAUCUGACCAGUGUGAGAUGUGGAGACACGUGGCAGCAGCUUCCUGAUAAUCCAGAGAGAAACACUAAGUACGCCAAUGUUUUUGGUUCUGAGGGCUUCAGCUCAGGGAAACACAGCUGGGAGGUGGAGGUUGGAGAUCAUCCUGAUUGGAAUGUUGGUUUGGUUAAAGAGUCUGUUGACAGGAAGGGAGAGAGAUAUGUUUCACCAAAAUAUGGAAUCUGGUGUUUGUGGCAUCGUGAUGAAAAAUACACUAAUGGUGUUGGUCAGACUCUCACAGUGAAGAAGAGUCUCCAGAGGAUCAGAGUCCAGCUGGACUAUGACAGGGGGGAGGUGUCCUUCUACGACCUUGAAGACAUAGCCAGAGCCCAGAGCUCACUGUCAGAUCCACAGCUGGUCUCAGGAGCUCUGAUAGAUGUGGCCAAACACCUGGGCAACCUGUCCUUCAGAGUCUGGGAGAAGAUGAAGGACAAGGUCCACUUCAGUCCUGUUAUUCUGGACCCAAACACUGCUAAUGGAUACCUGUAUCUGUCUGAUGAUCUGACCAGUGUGAGAAAUGGAGACACAAAGCAGCAGCUUCCUGAUAAUCCAGAGAGAAAUGGUUUCUACGUCUGGGUUUUUGGUUCUGAGGGCUUCAGCUCAGGGAAACACAGCUGGGAGGUGGAGGUUGGAGAUCUUCCUCACUGGUAUGUUGGUUUGGUUAAAGAGUCUGUUGACAGGAAGGGAGAUUUCAAAUUUUUACCAGAAAAUGGAAUCAUACGUUUAGGGCUUUAUAAGGGUAAAUACGCUGAGAGUCUGGCCAACAUCAUUAAAGUGAAGAAGAGUCUCCAGAGGAUCAGAGUCCAGCUGGACUAUGACAGGGGGGAGGUGUCCUUCUACGACCCUGAAGACAUGUCUCACAUCUACACUCACAGAGACACUUUCACUGAGAAACUUUUUCCUUAUUUCUUUGUUAGAGACGCUGCUGAUGCUAAAGCAUCUGACAUCAAAAUCAAUAAAUCUGAGGUUUCUUUAUUAUUUUCAGACUAG